UUCAGUGUAUAAACAUUCAAAGAAACAGUAAUUGAUACAGAGAAGAACAGUAAAAGUACAGAACUAGCAUCAUGGAAGCUAUAUUCAUCCAGGAUAGAGUAUUGCUGCAUUCUUUAAUGGAAGCUGUUGACAAUAUUAAUGCUGGAAUAGGUAACGGAAAUGUUCCAUGUUCAGCGUUGGAGUUACAAAAUGUAAGAAUGAUGGAGAUUUUACAGGAAUUGUGUCUGAUUCAAUACUACAACAAUGAAGCUAUUCCUACUCCAGUAUUUGACAACGAGUUCUGGGAAACCCUGGAUUUAUCUGCUCUUAGUGUUAUGAUUGUGCCUAAUGGUGUCUACAUAUUCAGACGUGAUGACUUUGGUUCAGUAAAAGAACAUCAGCAGAUGGUUUCCGAUGUCAACCAAUAUGCCCGUUACAUGGAAGAAAUGUUAAUUGCUGGAAAUGUGGUUGCAUUGGAAGCCUCUGAUCCAGCUCAGGACUGGAUCAGUCAGGAAAUGAUUAAACCGCAUGUCAUAACAAUAAGGGAAAUGUUAAAAUUCACAGAUGUUCAGAUCAAAAAUGGAUUGGAAAAUCUUCAUAGAAGAGGUAAGGUGAUCAAUUUCAUGAAUCUGCUGGACACCCUGAUUCUGACGGAGGAUGCUGUGGUGAAUGUUUAUGUCGGGACGAGGAAAUAUGCCUUCUCUGCUGAUGUCAAACUUGUCCUCCAUGAAUGUUUUGAUAAAUACCAGAGAGAACCAACAAUGGAAGAAUUUGACCAGGAAUGGAAUCGCAUCAAAGGUACUGGCAUAGAACAUUUGAUCAACCUUCUGGACAUAGAGAGAACCAGGGCUGAACAGGCCGAUACCAGGGCUGAACAGGCAGAUACCAGGGCUAUCCAGGCCGAUACCAGGGCUGAACAGGCAGAUACCAGGGCUGAACAGGCCGAUACCAGGGCUGAACAGGCCGAUACCAGGGCCAUCAGGGCACACAGGGAGAGGAUUGAGGCUAUGAGGCAGAUUAACACAGCCAUGGAGGACAGGAAUGAAGCAAAGGAGAUGAUGAAUGCUGCCAUUGAGAGUCUAGAGGAGGAGAAGAGGAGAGUAGAAAAAAGGUUAUUACAUGAAAAGAUGAGGGAACAAAUCAGAGCAGAGAUAUUGGAACAUGAAAAGAGGAAACUUGAAGAAGAAAAACUGUUAAUGGCAGCAAAAUUUGAGGAGGAGAAGAGAAUUCUUUUAUCACGAAUACAACAAAUAUCAGGAUGUGCACAAGCAUGAUUUGUGUGUUGAGUGGGUGUUGUAUGUUAAGUGGUUUGAAUGAGAGCUGUGUGCUGUAAGGAUGUGAUCAAAAUCAUGAAUGCUAGUUUGUAUAGUCUACAUCUGACAGCUAUAAUGUAAUUUAAAUGUAAUCUAAUUAAGUCAAGGGGAAGCUACUCUGUACAGACCACAAUUUAUUCAACUUUUCCAGAUAUAAGUUGAACAUUUGAGUAUAAAUUUGGUUUGUUGAUCUGAUUGUCAUCUGCU